AUGUAUGCGUAUUGAAUAAGCUAGCUAGCACUGUUUGUUAGUUACUGCUACACAGUAGAAGCAAGCUAGCCGGCCAGGCAGUACAGUGAUGAUAAUGGCGGAUGCAGCUGCAGAUGAAUCGUGUGCGGUUCCACCCGGAUUUCGAUUCCAUCCGACGGAUGAGGAGCUUGUGGGAUACUAUCUGAGGAAGAAGAUUGCAUCGCAGAAAAUUGAUCUUGACGUUAUUAGAGAUAUUGAUCUCUACAGGAUUGAACCCUGGGAUCUUCAGUAUAAAUGUCGGAUUGGGUAUGAAGAGCAAAACGAGUGGUAUUUCUUUAGCCACAAGGAUAAGAAGUAUCCGACGGGGACGAGGACGAACAGGGCGACUAUGGCCGGAUUCUGGAAGGCCACAGGGAGAGACAAAGCUGUUUAUCAUAAAUCCAAGAUUAUUAUUGGCAUGAGGAAAACCCUUGUUUUCUACAAAGGGAGGGCGCCAAAUGGCCGCAAAACUGAUUGGAUCAUCCAUGAAUACCGACUCGAAUCUCAAGACAAUUCCCCACCACAGGAAGAAGGAUGGGUGGUGUGUCGUGCAUUCAAGAAAAGAAUGCCCGGUCAAACAAGGAGCAAUAAUGCUGAAACCUGGGAAUCUUCAAGAAAACCUAGUAACGAUACCUCAGUGACACUGGAUCCUGUCGAUUAUUACAUCACCAGUAGCCGACAAACAACGCCGACGACCAGUUUCAUUUCAUCGUCCCAUCACAGUUUCUUGCGCAGCAAGCAAGAGCUCUCAUCAUCAUGCAAUAAUCUCACCUUCUUCCAAUCUCAUCAAGACGAUCAAUUUGUACACCUCCCGGAGCUACAGAGCCCCUCCCACCCUCCGCCGCUUCAAAACCCGGCCACCACCUCUCCGUCAGUGCUGCCGGAAAGUUAUAAGUUCCAUGGAAGUAACAGAGAAGAAGACGACGAUGAGCAUAAUAAUAGAGUGAGUGAUUGGAGGGCUCUUGAUAAGCUGGUUGCUUCCCAGUUGAACCACGACGAUCCUGAUGAUGAUCAGAAGAGAUUGAAAAAUCAGAACGAUUCCGAUGUGGGGUUGCUGCUAUUGCAGAGCGGUGGAAUCUGGGAAGAUGGGGAUGACGACAUUAAUGGGUUCUUCUCUUCAAACUCCGACUGUAAUAUUGGUAUUUGCAUUUUUGAUAAAUGAGGGCUAUGAACUAUAUAUGAUGUUGGUAUUAUAUUUUCGAUGUUUAUAAUGAAGCAGAUAUAUGUAAUGUAAAGAUUUUGAUCA